AUGUCCCAAUUCGGUGCUAUCGAUAAAUUGGCUGUCUCCACCAUCAGAUUAUUAGCUGUCGAUGAAGUCGCUAAGGCUAAUUCUGGUCAUCCAGGUGCCCCAUUAGGUAUGGCUCCAGCUGCACACGUCGUUUGGAGUCAAAUGAACAUGAACCCAAAGAACCCAGACUGGAUCAACAGAGACAGAUUCGUCUUAUCUAACGGUCAUGCUGUUGCCCUAUUAUACGCUAUGUUGCAUUUAACCGGUUACGAUUUCUCCAUCGAUGAUCUAAAACAAUUCAGACAAUUGGGUUCCAAGACUCCAGGUCAUCCAGAAUUCGAACUACCAGGUGUCGAAGUUACCACCGGUCCAUUAGGUCAAGGUAUCACUAACGCUGUCGGUAUGGCCAUUGCUCAAAGAAACUUGGCUGCCACUUACAAUAAACCAAAUUUUACUUUAUCUGAUAACUUCACUUACGUCUUCUUAGGUGAUGGUUGUUUACAAGAAGGUAUCUCCUCCGAAGCUUCUUCUUUAGCUGGUCAUUUGAAAUUAGGGAACUUGAUUUGUAUUUACGAUGAUAACAACAUUACCAUUGACGGUAACACUGAAGUUUCCUUCGAUGAAGAUGUCGCCAAGAGAUACGAAGCUUACGGAUGGGAAGUUUUGUACGUUGAAAACGGUAACGAAGAUUUAGAAGGUAUUGCCAAGGCCGUUGCUCAAGCUAAGAAGUCCACUGAUAAGCCAACUUUGAUUAAGAUGACCACCAUCAUUGGUUACGGUUCCCAACAACAAGGUUCUCAUGCCGUUCACGGUUCUCCAUUGAAACCUGAAGAUAUCAAACAAUUGAGAAUCAAAUUCGGAUUCAACCCAGAUAAAUCCUUCGUUGUUCCACAAGAAGUUUACGAUUUCUACCAAACUAAGAUUUUGAACCCAGGUGUUGAAGCUAACAAAAAAUGGAACUCUUUAUUCGAACAAUACCAACAAAAAUACCCAGAAUUAGGUGCUGAAUUAGCUAGAAGAUUAGCUGGUAAAUUACCAGCUAACUGGGAAAAAGCCUUGCCAGUCUACACUCCAAAGGACUCUGCAGUUGCCACCAGAAAAUUAUCUGAAAUUGUCUUACAAAGCAUUCAUGAAGAAUUACCAGAAUUAAUUGGUGGUUCUGCUGAUUUAACUCCAUCUAAUUUGACUAGAUGGUCUGGUGCUGUUGAUUUCCAACCACCAUCUUCCAAACUUGGUGAUUACUCUGGUAGAUACAUUAGAUAUGGUAUCAGAGAACACGCUAUGGGUGCCAUCAUGAACGGUAUUUCCGCAUACGGUGCUCACUACUUACCAUACGGUGGUACUUUCUUAAACUUCGUUUCAUAUGCUGCAGGUGCCGUUAGAUUAUCUGCCCUAUCUGGUCAUCCAAUCAUUUACGUUGCCACUCACGACUCCAUUGGUGUCGGUGAAGAUGGUCCAACUCAUCAACCUAUUGAAACUUUAGCUCAUUUCAGAGCUUUGCCAAAUACUCACGUUUGGAGACCAGCUGAUGGUAACGAAACCUCUGCUGCUUACAAAGUUGCCAUUGAAUCUAAACAUACUCCAAGUAUUAUUGCUUUGACAAGACAAAACUUACCACAUUUAGAAGGUUCAUCUAUUGAAAAGGCCGCUAAGGGUGGUUACGUUCUACAAGAUGUUGCUAAUCCACACAUUAUCUUAGCUGCUACUGGUUCUGAAGUUUCCACUAGUGUUGAAGCUGCUAAGCUUUUAGCUUCUCAAGGUAUCAACGCUCGUAUUGUUUCUUUACCAGAUUUCUUAGCUUUCGACAGACAAAGUGAAGAAUAUAGAUUGAGUGUCUUACCAGAUGGUAUCCCAGUCCUAUCUGUUGAAGUUCUAUCUACUUCUUGUUGGGGUAAAUAUGCUCAUCAAUCUUUCGGUCUUGAUAGAUUCGGUGCUUCCGGUAAGGCUCCUGAAGUUUUCAAAUCAUUUGGUUUCACUCCAGAAGGUGUUGCUGAAAGAGCCGCUAAGACUGUUGCUUUCUACAAGGGUCAAAAGGUUAUUUCUCCAUUGAGAAAGGCUUUUUAA